AUGAGCGACGCGGCGAUGGGCGUGGAGGAGGAGAACGGCGUGCUCACUCUCAUCGUGCCCCGACCGCACAUCACUGGGGUGGAGGCGGCGCAGCGGACGAUGGUGGAGGCGUGGGGGAUCGUGCGCGAGGCGUUCGUGGAUCCCACCCUCAACCACCAGGACUGGGACCGCCGCCUCGCCGCCGCCAUUCGCGGCAGCGUCUCGGCGGGCAGCGCGGACGACGCGUACGCGCUCGUGCACGACAUGCUGGCGACGCUGGGCGACCCGUUCACUCGCCUGGUGUCGCCGAGCGACUACGACAGCUUCCGCGUGAGCAGCGACGGCGGUCUCGAGGGAGUGGGGCUGUUGCUCGCCUCCGACACCACUGACGGCCGCCUGCUGGUGCUCUCGCCCAUCGAGGGCGGCCCCGCGGAUCGAGCUGGCAUCCACACGGGCGACGAGGUCGUUGCGGUUGACCAUUCCCCGUUGAGCGGCAUGAGCGGGCAGGAGGCGGCGAACCUGCUGCGAGGCAAGGCGGGCACAGCAGUCACACUCACCGUGCGCCCCGCUAGAGCUGACGUGGACGGCUCUGAUUUGCCGGAGGGAACAACGGACAUCCUGUUGAGGCGCGAGCCAAUAGCGCUGUCACCAGUGUACGCGACGGCGCUGCCCCACCACACGGAGCAGGGCGCUCCCACCUCCACCGGCUACAUUCGCCUCGCCUCCUUCUCCCAGAACGCGGCGGAGGACAUGGCGAGGGCGAUAGAGCGGCUGGAGGGCGAGGGCGUGGCCAACUACAUCCUGGACCUGCGCAACAACCCCGGCGGCCUCGUGCACGCCGGGCUCGACGUCGCGCGCAUGUGGCUCGGCUCAGGUGCCACGCUCGUCAACACCGUCGACCGCACCGGCGCCGUGGAGGCCAUUGCGCUGCGCAACUCCCGUGCGCUCACGGACCGGCCGCUGGCUGUGCUGGUGAAUCACGGGAGUGCGAGCGCGAGUGAGAUUGUCGCGGGCGCGCUGCAUGACAACGGGCGGGCGACGCUGGUGGGGGAUACGACGUACGGCAAGGGGCGCAUUCAGACGGUGUUUGAGCUCACGGACGGGUCGGCGCUGUUUGUGACAGUGGCCAAGUACCUAUCGCCCGCCAUGCACGCCAUUGACCAGCAGGAGGCGGCGCUGCCGGGGGGAGGGGUGGGGGGAGGGCGGGCGGUGGUGGUGGAGGAGGAGGUGUAUGGCGCAGAGCUGCAGCGCGACAGCUGUGUGCUUACUGCUGAGAGGCAGCUCGACCGCCAUGCCUGA